CAGUCUCUCACACCACACCCCACAGAUUAAACCCCUCCAAAAAAGCUUACUUUUAGCUCUCUGUUUUUGCUCUCAAACUCGAAGGGAUUCGGAAGUAUUUGAUAUGGCGCUUGAAGCUCUGAACUCGCCGGCGACGCCUUUCACCAACAAAUACGAUGACGUGGACAACAAUUACGUCGAGACAUGGAAGAAAGGCAAGCGUUCGAAGCGACAACGUGGCGACUCUCCUGCUGCUGUUGAACUUCAACCCACCACCGAAGAAGAGUACCUCGCUCUUUGUCUCAUCAUGCUCGCUCGCGGCUCUUCCGGUGCUGAUCUUGAUGUUAUUCGUCGGUCUUCCUCUUCGUCGUCACCGCCUCCGCCGCCGCCUGCUUUGAAGUUGUCUUACAAGUGUAGUGUUUGUGACAAGGCGUUCCCUUCUUAUCAAGCUUUGGGCGGUCAUAAAGCCAGCCACCGCAAACCCCUUUCCGCCGACGCCGCUACCACCACCGCCGCCGCCAACGUCGAUAACCCAUCAACAACCAGCACCGCCACCACCGCCACCAGCAGCGGUAGGCUUCACGAGUGUUCCAUCUGCCACAAGAGUUUCCCUACAGGCCAAGCCUUGGGUGGUCAUAAACGCUGCCACUACGAAGGUGGCAACAACAACAACAACAACAACAAAAAUAACAACAACAGCGGUAGCGUUAGCGUUAGCGGGGUGACUUCUUCGGAUGGGGGCGCGUUGAGCCACAACCACCGUGCAGUCGACUUUGACUUUGACCUCAACUUGCCGGCCUUGCCGGAGUUCAGUCAAAUGUACCCAGAUGAAGAAGAGGUCCAAAGCCCAUUGCCGACCAAGAAACCACGUUUCUUGAUCGCCAAGAAAGAGAAACUGGAUUCUUCAUUAGCAUAAGAUUUAGAAUUAAAUUGAAAAAUUCAGAUAACCUUGUUUUUAGUUUUCAAUAUUUUUUCUGGGAUUUGUAUUUUGUUUUCGAUGAAUUUGUUAUGUACAGUGAAUUUGUUCAUUUGUUCAUGAACUAUGAUCUAUCUAUCCCCAUAUUGUAGUCAGAUGCUGCCAAUUCAUUGGUUCAUAUCAUAUAUAUAUAAACAAAUCAUUUUCUGAAA